AUGAUUCGGCCCUCUCUACGAAGACUCAAUGAGUUUGCUCUGGAUAAUUUCAAUUGCUUGGUUUCUAGAAGAAGAUUCCGGAGAAGUUUGCCUCUGAGCGGGCCUCUAGGAAACACAACAUUUGCAGCUAAAGAUAACAUUUCAACGACGCAAGAGCCUACAACUUGCGGGUCGAAGAUUCUUGAGACUUACGUCAGUCCAUUCCAGGCGACUGUAAUCACACAGCUAGAAAAAGCUGGACUGGUUCUCGUGGGGAAAGCAAAUAUGGAUGAGUUUGGAAUGGGGUCGUCGACAACCCAUUCCAGUCAUGGGCCCACCAUCAAUCCCAGGUUCACCGAGAAUCGUAUAUGUGGGGGCUCUUCCGGAGGCUCUGCUGCAGCGGUUGCUGGGAGAAUAGCAGAUUUUGCCCUCGGAACUGACACCGGUGGCUCUGUACGUCAGCCAGCCAGCUAUUGUGGAAUUGUGGGAUUCAAGCCUUCGUAUGGCAGGAUAUCCAGAUACGGUGUCGUGGCAUAUGGCCAGGGCCUCGACUGUGUAGGCAUUCUAAGCAAUAAUGUGAAAACUGCAAGCAAAGUGUACUCUGUGCUAGACGAGUACGACGAGAAAGACAUCACAUCAAUGCCGGUAUCAACGCGAGAAGCGGUAUUCAAGAAUCACAACGAAAACGACAUGUCCCGCAAACUCAAGAUUGGAAUUCCGCAAGAGUUCAUUUUGGACGAACUCCAUCCGGAAACCCGGGCGAUGCUUGGCUCAGUGUUGGAGGAUUUGAUGGAUGCGGGCCAUGCUGUUUACCCCGUGUCCAUUCCAUCUAUUGGGAAGCUGUUGUCAGCAUACUACACGCUUGCCACUGUAGAAGCAGCAUCUAAUUUAUCACGUUUCGACGGUUUGAGAUAUGGCUCCGGAGCUCGUGACAACGACAAGCGAGCAGACGGUGAUACAAACGGCCAGAGCCUCAUUGCUCGACAAAGAACAAAAUACUUGGGCCCCGAAGUGCAGCGCAGAAUUAUUUUAGGUAACUACACCUUGUCUUCUGAAGCAGGGGACAACUACCUCCGCGCCACACAACAUAGAAGCAAAAUAGUCGAGGAGCUCAAUCAAAUUUUCGAGCUCCCAAAUUUACUUUGGGGGCCGUCGGCUGUCAGCCGUGGUACAUGUGAUGUACUCAUCGGCCCCACAGCAUUUGGCAAGGCGCCUACCUUCGCGGAGUAUGAGCUGCAAAGAAGAGACACCUUCUUGAACGAAUACCUCAAUGACGUUUUCACUGUGCCGGCGUCCAUGGCAGGACUCCCCGCCAUCUCUGUACCUUAUGGCAAAGGGGACUGUGGCGUGCAAGUGAUGGGUCAGUAUGGGGAUGACGAGACCGUAUUGCGAGCUGCAGAGCUCAUCGAAAGAUUGUAG